AAAAAAAAAAAAAAAAAGCCAACCAGUCAAUGCGCUCAGACCUUAAGGUUCCCUCCCUCGUUGAUCCGCCCGCCCCCUUGUGUGGGUAAGGGCCCUUUUUUUCCAUUCGUGAGCGGAGCGAGGCUUGCGAGGAUCUCUCGAAACAUUUCAGGGUUCUGUUAUGCUUAUAGAACCCCACAAUUUGACAUCAGAAACAUCUUCAGCAGCCUCGCUUGCGGCUCAGCGAAAGCAUCAUGGCGUAACACAAUACCACUAAAAAAAAGAGGGAAAAUGGAAACCAAAAACAGCAAAAAGUUUGCCACAUUUGCAUAAUCUUCCAUUCAUUGUCACUGAAAAGGGCUUAGCUGGCAAAUAGCACAAACAUGUAUCUUAUGCAUUCAUUUCCCCAUAACGUGGUGAACUUUGUCAUGUUCACCGAGCCCAAGUUUGACCGCACCCCGGCACAAGGUUUGCCUAAGAGAAGAGAUCAAUGCCAAUCACCUCCCUGCCAAGAGAGAUUUUGACCUCAUCCUCGUGGGGGUGUCAAGGGAAAAAAAAAAAAAGAGGUUACCCCCAGUUACUCCCACGUGCCGUCCAUCGGUUGACA